AAACAGCGAAUAGAGAGGGGGAGAGGGAGAUUUAGAAAGAGAAGAGGGGUCGGAUUCAGUGGUGGUUUGUGAAAGCCAGACUGGGGAGCUGUUGACGGUGUUACCAAGAGUGAUAGCGAUAUGAUUUCAUAAUCAUAGAGCGUUAAUAACAAUGACAAUGACAGAUGUGGUGUGAAUCACGACAGCUCUUCAAUGCAUCUUAUCAGUGGAUUUCUCAUCAGAUUGAUCUAAUCGUAGAUUUGCUGGUCGAUACCAUUAACACCGAUUAUAUAUGUAUCUUCAGGACUUGUUUGGGGGCUAAUAAACUCUGGAAUAUUUCUUUCAUUUUUACGGAUUGAUUUUAUGGAUUAUCUGUCAGACACCUUUCCAGCGUGCUACAGGGACGAAUGUCAUCAAACUUAAAUACAAUUAAUCUUCUUCCUUGAUUUCGAGUGUGGCCGUUGGGACCACCUAGCAACCCCGCCACCAUGACUACGACGACGGCACCACAGACAUCAAGUGACGUCAUGGUUAAACCGCCGAUGAUAACUCGGAAAUCCAGACAAUACCAGACAGCCGUAGAAAGAUGGAGCUCCCUUCGCCAGAACAGCACUCGCUCCUUUGAUCGCCUCAAUCUCAGAAAUAAGUACGAGGAGGAUCGGCUUGUACAGAAACACAGGGAUAUCAGUGAGCUGAGCGACGCGCAACUCAAAGAACUGUUCCGUAUCAAGAACGAGAUGCGCGUAGCUCUUGUCGACAUUGCCCGAAGCAAACGGCAGUACAGUAGCAAAGAGUCCGAAUUCGAGAGCCGCUUACGUUGUGGGAACCAAUCACCGAUCUUCAAGAUGGAGUACAGAAGGCUAAGAAAGAAACAGGUCGAGUUGGGGAAACUCUGCGAACAGCUGCAAGGCCCGAAUUCGAAACUCCUCGCGUCGAAUCUCACCACUGAGCUGAAGGCCGUGGACGCGAAAGCAACAAAGGAAGCAAUGCGCGGAGAAGCCAAAUAUAAAAGCAAAUGGCUAGCUCCUCUUAAGGCUAUGGCCAAAGCACAAGACUCCGCUGAAGGUGGUGCUGUAGCAGGGACAACCCAAGAAAAACCAGCUGGAAAUGACUUUGCGAAUCUGGUCAAACUGGUACAUAAACAAUUCAAGAAGGCUUCCAUCUCCGCGAUCAAAGAGUCUGCCCAAGCGUCAGAAAUAGAGAGCGAAAACACACAAGAACCAAACGCAUCAAUUAAAUCCGUGCCGCCUGAUUCCAACCCAGAACAUCCAAAGACGGCAACGGAAUCAUCAAAACCUCUUGAAAGUUCCGUGCCGCAAAACGAAAGCAAAGAUGAACAGUCACGUCCAGACAGCCGUCCUCCACCACAAGGCUUGAUCCCCAUAUCAUCCGCUAUCUCCCUUCUGGCAAGCUCCCCAACAAAGAGCACUGAAGAACCAAAACGGAAGAAGCGAUUACGAAAGGACACUGACAGGACCUUACCCACUGUACCGGAAGGGAGCGAACGCGCGACACCGAAAACGGCGGUACCGAAAGCACCCGAACCUCCAACGAAACCAAAGCCUAGAAAGAACAAAAAGCAGAAAGCGCGCUCAGUUGUUAUGAAAGGAAUGCAUAGAGGAACGGAUGCACACGUCUCAAGAACAGAGUCAGCUCAUCGUAGGGACCGAAUGAUGAAGAAGCGAUUGUCCGACCUAGCAACGAGGACUAAAGAAGACAUUGCCAACAGAAGAAGUAUCAGUCCCCAUGAGGAGGCUCUGAACAGUAUCCAUCAGGUGGAAGUGGUAGCGCGUCUUCAGCUUGCUCGAUCCAAGGUCGGGAUCACACUUCCUGAGAUGCGAACGGAGAAGGGUAGACACAAAACCCGUACAUCAAGAGAUCAAACAUCCAUCAGUCUUCCACCUGUCAACGUAGAGGGCAGGCUAUUGAGGGAACUGAAGGAGCAGAGAAGAAAGCACAAAAGUCAAUCAACGGGGCUCCCAAAAUUACCUUGACAGAUUGCCUAACUCAUGGACUAAUGAUAAUGAUGAAAUUUCUUUCCGGUUAUAUUUGCUACACUUGGAAUCACUGGCGUCAAUCCAAGCGCUAAACCUAUUCAGCCGGGAGCGGGGGGGGUGAUCUAUUGUUUCAACCCCCACUUGAUACGCCAGAAUUACGCCAAUGGAUAUAAUCAUGACAUUUAAACUUAAGCCCUUACCUCCAACCUAAUCCUAAUCCAAAUCUUUGUCUUAAUUUUUAACCAAAUCCUCUUAAUUAAGAAUUGAACAGUUAUGGCUAGUUCAAAUGUCGGUCACUGUCUUUUGAUUUCAUUUGAAUCCCCGAUAUCUUCAGAUAUUCCAUAAUUGUUUUGCAAUUUCAAGGACCAUCUGUUAUAUAAAAUUAUCCACGUAUGUUUUUUUUAUAUCCAAUGCUAUGCCAUGUUGAAUUUUUAGAACUUUACAGAUUUGCAAAAUAUAUACUAUGCGAUAUUUGAACUCCCUUUCUUAUUGGUGAUGUUCGUUAUUCAUAAAGUUAGAAAUUGACACGGUUCGCUUAUCGGAAACAACUUAAUUGAAAAUAUACCUACAUGUACGAUGGAAUCCGAAGACAAAAAAAGUUUCGAUAAUUCAAAAACGAAAGACAAUUCAUUUGUAUGAAAAAUAGCCAAUGAACUGACUGUGCGAAAAGACUACCGCACCUCCAAAAGAACGGACUUUCUUUUCGUUUUCGGUUAACCUAUAUACUUUUGAGGUGCCGUGGCCGAGUGGUCUAAGGCGCCCGAUUACAUAGUGGAAGUCCUGGGUUCAAUUUCCGGCACGGCCCUUCAGCAAGGCAUAAUUAUUAUCUACAUUACUCUUAUCUC